CCGCCAUUCCACACCUUUACCUCCUACAAUCACCAUCAUGGAGUCUCGUGUCGCACAGCGCAAAAAUGAAUAUAAGAGCAAGGGCGGCUUGAAGCAGGACGAGCUCAGGCGCCGUCGCGAGGAGCAGCAAGUUGAGAUCCGGCGACAAAAGAGGGAGGAAAACAUCUCCAAGAGGCGCAACUUCCUCCCUAGUACGGGUGCCGACUCCGACGAUGAGGGCGGUGUGGGUAGCUGGGAGUCCCCUCUCGCAGACGACAUGAUCGCGGGUGUGUUCUCCGAUGACCCCGAUCGUCAGCUCGACGCGACCACCAAGUUUCGCAAGCUGCUCUCGAAAGAAAAGAACCCUCCGAUUGAACGCGUUAUUGAGUGUGGCGUCGUGCCUCGCUUUGUCGAGUUCCUCCGCGGCGACAACGCCAUGCUGCAGUUUGAGGCUGCUUGGGCCUUGACAAACAUCGCGUCCGGUACCGCCGAGCACACUCAGGUUGUGAUCAGCGCUCAGGCUGUUCCUGAGUUCAUCAAGCUCCUAUCCUCUCCCGUUCCCGACGUUCGUGAACAAGCUGUCUGGGCAUUGGGCAAUAUUGCUGGAGAUAGCCCGGCGUGCCGUGACUACGUUCUCCAGCAAGGUGCCCUCCGGCCACUCUUGAAUCUCUUGAGCGAGAACAACAAGCUCAGCAUGCUCCGGAAUGCCACUUGGACCCUCAGCAACUUUUGCCGAGGCAAGUCACCGCAGCCCGAUUGGGAUCUGAUCUCGCCUGCUCUCCCCGUUCUUACCAAGCUGAUCUACUCCCUUGACGAUGAAAUCCUCAUCGACGCUUGCUGGGCCAUCUCAUACCUUUCGGACGGCUCGAACGAUAAGAUCCAGGCUGUCAUUGAGUCUGGCGUCUGCAGGCGUCUCGUCGACCUUCUCAUGCAUCCCUCGACGUCUGUCCAGACGCCGGCCCUCCGUUCUGUUGGUAACAUUGUCACCGGCGACGACCUUCAAACUCAGGUUGUGAUCACGUCCGGGGCGCUCCCCGCUCUGCUUUCCCUGCUCUCCUCCCCCAAGGACGGCAUCCGCAAGGAGGCCUGCUGGACCAUUUCGAACAUCACCGCGGGCUCGCCACAGCAGAUACAGGCCGUUAUCGACGCAAACAUCAUUCCUCCCCUCAUCAAUAUCCUGCAGAAUGCCGACUUCAAGACGAAGAAGGAGGCCUGCUGGGCGAUCUCGAACGCCACCUCUGGUGGUCUCCAGGAGCCCUCUCAGAUCCGCUACCUCGUCUCCCAAGGCUGCAUCAAGCCCCUUUGCGACCUUCUCCAGAUGAUGGACAACAAGAUCAUCCAGGUCGCACUUGACGGUCUCGACAACAUCCUGAAGGUCGGUGAGAUGGACAAGCAGGCGCAGGGUCCCGGUGGUGUCAACCAAUAUGCGCUUUAUGUCGAGGAGGCGGGCGGUAUGGUCACCAUCCACAACCUCCAGCAGCAUGACAACCUCGAGAUCUACAAGAAGGCGUUCAACAUCAUGGACAAAUACUUCCCCGAUGACGAGGAGGCAGAGCCUGCUGUCGACGCGACAUCGUUCCAGGCAAGUUGUUUCCCGGUUGACACUGCAACGAAAAGUUACUCAAUUGUUCAUGUAGUUCAACGCAGAAGGUGCUGCGCCGCCCCCGGGUGGUUUCAGCUUCGGGCAGUAAAGGGUGUAUAG